AUGAAUGAUUACCCUAGAAUCUCGGUCUAUUACAACGUGGCCAGGGAAGAAACCCCCAGGGACUGCGUGGACCGCAUCGGUGCUUCCUCCCCAGGGGAAGCUGCCAGCAGCUCCCAAGGGAAGUUACAAAAAGCAAGCAAGCAAACAUCAAUAAAAAGCACUUCACUCAGUGCUCAACACACGAUUGUGCCUAGGAGAAGCCUUAAAACGUCUCACCCUCUGUUUGUCAUUUCAGUUGGCCGGAUUGUCUUUGAAUUGUUUGCAGACAUCGUACCUAAAACUGCUGAAAACUUCCGUGCGUUAUGUACAGGCGAGAAGGGAACGGGGCCCACCACCGGAAAACCCCUCCAUUACAAAGGAUGCCCUUUCCAUAGAAUUAUUAAGCAAUUCAUGGUCCAGGGAGGAGAUUUCUCAAAUCAAAAUGGCACAGGAGGAGAAAGUAUAUACGGUGAAAAAUUUGAAGAUGAAAACUUUCAUUAUAAGCACGAUAAGCCAGGGCUGCUGAGCAUGGCGAACGCAGGACCUGGGACCAACGGCUCUCAGUUCUUUAUUACAACGGUGCCUACUCCUCACCUGGAUGGGAAGCACGUGGUGUUCGGCCAAGUGAUCAAGGGAAUGGGCGUCCUUAAAGUGUUAGAGAACGUAGAAGUAAACGGAGAAAAGCCUGCUAAGUUGUGUGUUAUUGCAGAAUGUGGAGAGCUGAAGGAAGGAGAAGACUGGGGAAUUGUUCCCCAGGAUGGCUCUGGAGAUGCUCAUCCAGAUUUUCCUGAAGAUUCAGAUAUAGACUUAAAAGAU